CACCUUCCUCAUCGCCAUGGUCUUCGCGUCUCUGACUCGCUGCGCGCGCCCCGCGCCGCUGCGCCUGGCCCGCCGCCUGAGCACCUACAAGCCGGACAUCGAGGCUGUGAAGAAGCUGCGCGCCGAGUCGCAGGCGCCGCUCAAGGACGUGCGCGCCGCGCUGGUGGCCACGAGCGGCGACUUCCCGGCCGCCUUUGAGUGGCUGCGGAAGAAGGGCAUCGCGUCGGCCAGCAAGAAGGCCGGUCGCGCCACGGCCGAGGGCCUUGUCGGUGUGCAGGUGGCUGACGGCGGUCUGACUGCCGCCAUGGUGGAGGUCAACAGCGAGACGGACUUCGUGGCCAUGAACGACAAGUUCCAGGCGCUCGUGAGCAGCGUGGCCUGCGCCCUGGCCCAGCCCGCGUCCGCCGCCAGGGUGGUGACGCAGCUGCCCACGGACAAGCUCGCCCUCGUGGAGGUGGAGGGCGCUACCGUGGCCGACAAGGUGCCCGAGCUGGUCGGCGUCGUGGGCGAGAACGUCGUGGCCACCCGCGCCGUGCAAUUCCAGCUCGAGGAGGGCACCAUCUGCAGCUACCUGCACAACGUGGCUGCCCCCGGCCUCGGCCGCGCCGGCGCCCUCGUGGCACUGCAGUACCCGUCCAAGUCGGCGUCGGCUGAGCAGGUGGCUGGCGUCAAGGAGCUUGGCCACCGUCUGGCCAUGCACAUCGUGGCCGCCAAGCCGCGCUUCCUGACGCGCGAGACCGUGCCCGAGGCGCUGGUCGAGAAGGAGCGCGCGUUCCUGGCCGACCAGGUCAAGGACUCGGGCAAGCCCGCGCACAUCGUGGCCAAGAUGACGGAGGGCCGUCUCAAUAAGUUCUUCGGCGAGUUCACGCUGCUGGAGCAGGACCACUUCAUCGAGGAGGGCAACCCCAAGGUCGGCGCCUUCGUGGCUGAGCAGGCCAAGAAGCUGGGCGUGGACGUGACGGUGGCCGCCUACGAGCGCUUCGAGGUCGGCGAGGGCAAGGAGGAGGAGGCGUAA